UUAUAUAUAAGCCUUCACUACUUCUCUACUUCCCUCAAAAUCUCUUUUAAUGGCUUCCUUACACUAUUUUAUACUAAUUUUUACUUCUUUCAUUUUCCUCAGUUUUGCAUCUGCUGCAAAACCAGUUCCAUCAAAAGCUUUAGUUCUGCCCGUCUUCAAAGACAAAUGCACUCACCAAUAUGUAACCCAAAUCAACCAGAGAACCCCUCUCGUCCCUGUAAAACUAACCCUAGAUCUCAGCGGCAGGUUCAUGUGGGUUGACUGCGACAACUAUGUUUCUUCUUCGUAUAAGCCUGUCAGCUGUGACUCGGCUCUUUGCGGACUCGCUGGAUCUAUUGCUUGUCAUACUGAAUGCUACUCAACUCCAAAACCAGGUUGCCAUAACAAUACCUGUGGCCUAUUCCCCUACAACCCAGUAACACAGCUCAGUACUAGUGGUGAUAUGGGGCAAGAUGUUGUCUCACUCCGAUCUUUCAACGGAAAAAAUCCCGGCGGAAACGUUCCCGUCCCUAACGUUCCUUUUAUCUGCGGUUCCGGAAUCAUGUUAGAGAAUCUCGCCGACGGCGUACUCGGAGUAGCCGGCUUAGGCAGAACCAAUAUGUCACUUCCGGCUUACAUUACCUCUCAUUUCGGCUUCCAAAGAAAAUUCGCAAUGUGUCUAAGUUCCUUAACGAAUACAAGUGGAGUCCUAUAUUUCGGCGACGGACCUUACGCGUCGAUUCCAAGCGAUUCUCUUACGUAUACUCCACUCAUCCGUAACCCUCCGAGUGUCGGAGGCGUAUCCUCCGAAGGCGAGGCGUCUUCGGACUAUUUCAUCCAGCUCAAAACCAUUAGAGUUGGCGGAAAAGAAAUUAGAUUUAACAGGACUCUGCUGACUAUACAAGACGGCAAGGGUGGGACAAGACUCAGCACUGUUCAUCCGUACACUAUUUUGCAUACUUCCAUUUACAAGGAGGUGGUUAAAGCUUUUAAGAAGCAGAUGGGAUCGGUGAUCGAAGUUGAACCACCGAUUGCACCGUUCGGAGCUUGUUUUCAGUCGGGUUCGGUUGAUAAAAAUGAGUACGGACCGGUUGCUCCGUUCAUUGAUCUUGUGUUGGAAAGCGUUGGGAGUACUUAUUGGAGGAUUUGGGGAGCUAAUUCAAUGGUGAAGAUCAGUAGCUAUGUGAUGUGUUUGGGGUUUGUUGACGGUGGAAUGAAACCGGAGAGUAAUGUUAUUAUUGGUGGCCGUCAGCUUGAGGAUAAUCUUCUGCAGUUUGAUCUGGCUUCUUCGAAGUUAUGGUUUAGCUCUAAUCUUCUUGUCCAUAACACAACUUGCUCGAACUUCAAUUGGAAAUGAGUGUGUGUGAUGUUAGCUUUUUUGUUUGCUUUUUAACUAUUUAUCUUUAGAAUGCGUUUGAUGUUUUGAGUGAAAAUGAGAGUAAAAAAUUAUGGUCUCCUUUUGUCAGCUAA